UGCUUUCCUUCAGUCGGCAGCUCUAGGCCCCUCCCCACGUCCGGCUCUACCAGCCCCGGAGGGGAUGGCAGGGCCCGCAGGGGGCGUGGGAGCGGAAGGCGCGCUCCCGGGGCGGGCAGAGGCGGGUGUCGAGGCCUGAGGGUGCGAACUGGGUGAAGGGCCGAACGGCAGGGUCUGUCCAGAACUGCCCGGACAACAGCGCGCAGCGAGGGUGAGACCCCGGCGGAGUCCCGUCCCUUCCCCUAAACUCCCAGCAGCCAGACUGGGAACCCCAGCUGACUCGGGAACCACACCGCGUCCCACUUCGGAGGGUGCUGUGUAUAUCUGCCCAGAACCCUGGCCCCAUCCUGCCUGGUUUCAUCUGUGCCUUACCCAGUAGACUAUGAGCUCCUUGAGGGCAGGGCCCACCCCUUUUCUACUUCAGUAGUCACCUCCUAUCCCCAAGAUACUGUGGCCAUACCAGGGCUUGCCUGGAGGAGGGCUGAAGAGAUGCACUUAGAAUUAUCCAAUGAAGUUGCCACUAGAGAUAGAAGAUAGAAGCACUGGAUUUCGUCUGUCCUGGAGGAGCUGAUAGACUAGAUGAGGAGCUGAGAGAGACCCAGGGAGCAAAGGGAAACAUUAGGUGCUAAAUCUUGGGGCACCCCCUGUACUUAUUUCUGGAGCUCAGGGAAAGGAGAGCUGGUAUAGGCUGGAUAGGCUGAGAAGGGCCUCCCAGUGAAGUGGUCCUUUCACCCAGCCCAAGCCUACAGUGGGAAAAGCAGGGAGAGGUGAGGAAGUAGGCUCACUGGGUGCUGCUGAGUGCACAGUGAGAAGUGGGGGGAGCUAUGGCAGGGGAGAUGGGGAACAAGGGGCCAGUCUACCCAAAGGCUCACCAGAAAGGCAAAAUGCCCUCUCCUUCCACUAUGGGCCUCCUGUUUCCUCCAUCCCAAUCUUGGGAGACCCCCGAGUUUGAGCUUCAGAAACUCUGGAGCUGAAAGAUUUGGCCUCAAGAUCUGGCUCUGCCAUUUACUAGCUGUGUGACCUUGGGCACACCAUGUAUGCUUUCCAAGCCUCAGUUGGGCCAUCUGUAAAAUGGUGAUAAGAAUACCAUCUGAUUCACAUAGCUGUUGGGAGGACUGAAGGAGAUAACACCCAGAAAGCAUUUAGCCUGCCUAGCACACUGUCGUGGCCCAAUAAAUGGGAGGCGUCUUGUUGUUUUCUGUGCAGACUUUGCCACCAAUGUCACUGCUGAACUCUGGCUGGCCCCACCGAGGGGAGAGGCUGACCCCUCCGGAGCCAAAUCCGCCAGUCAACUCAGAAAGCAACCGAGGUCACGUGCCAGAGGAGGACCCUGAGGAAACCUCUGCUCAGGUGGAUCCUGAAGUUCUGAGCUUGGGGAACCCUGGCCUGGACACCAACCAAGCCCCCAGCUGGCCUGGACUCCGGACCCUCCUGCAGCAGCUCCCUCCGCAGGACAGUGAUGAGCGCUACUGCCUGGCCCUUGGGGAGGAGGAGUUGGCUGAGCUGCGGCUCUUCUGUGCCCAGCGGAGGCGGGAGGCCCUGGGACAGGGGGUGGCCCGCCUAGUACCUCCCAAGCUUGAAGAAUGUACCUGUGAAAAGUGCAGGGAGCAGCUGAGGCCAGGGGAGUACGGAGUGUUCACAGCUCGGGCAGGAGAGCAGCGCUGCUGGCACAGGGCUUGCUUUGCCUGCCAGGCCUGUGGCCAGGCCCUGAUAAACCUCAUCUACUUCUACCACGAUGGGCGUCUCUACUGCGGCCGUCAUCACGCAGAGCUGCUGCGGCCGCGCUGCCCGGCUUGUGACCAGCUGAUCUUCUCCCGCCGCUGCACCGAGGCAGAGGGACGGCGCUGGCACGAGAACCACUUCUGCUGCCAGGACUGCGCCGGGCCCUUGGGCGGGGGACGUUAUGCCCUGCUGGGCGGCGGCCCCUGCUGCCACAGCUGCUUUGAGAGACGCUAUUCGGAUGCCGGCUCGAGUCCGGCCCCGACAGUGGAAGGCAGGGCGUCCCCGGGGGAGGCGGAGCUCGACGGAUUUGAAGACGGGCACUGCGCCCCGCGGAAUGCCGCGAUCAUCUCCCGGGCAGCCCUUCUCGCUACUGCCGCCAGCUCCGGUCUGGAAACCCAGAUGGGGAUGCUUGGAUCCAGCCCGGAGCAGGAGUGUAGAGCUGGGGACCAGGCGGAGACACCCAAAGGGCAAGAGCAGGGCUGCCCAGAGACUCCCCUUGAUUCCAAGGAGGAUGCUUCCUGCCCCACCUGCUCCUCUUCCUCUGAAUCGGAACCCGAAGGCUUUUUCUUAGGCCAGCGCCUUCCCCGGCCCUGGGAGACCCCCGGCAAUCUCCAAGCUGGGGACAGCGACAACUCCAGGAAGCAUUGCACCAUUUGCUAGUGGCGCGGCCCGGAGAAAGGGUGGCUGGGGAGGUGAUCUGUAAGGUGAGAAAGCAAAGCUCUCCUCCCCCUAUAAAAAUCCUAGGCAGAACGCCAUCAGGGCCAUGGCUGGGAGAGGCGGCUAAAUGACAAAUUUGGAGUGCUUCCUUUUAGCCCGCGCAUUCUAUGACUUUUCAUGGAGACUCUUGGGGAGCCCCAUUCCUCAAAGCUACGCAUCCCCUGCUGAGUGAGACCCUACCCCACCCCAUCCUAGACAGCCCCAUCCUCAGCAUCCUCCUCCUGAGCCAACGAAGUGAUCACUCAGAGACCACCUGUGACUGACAGGGUGGGCCAGCCGAAGGCCAGAAGGGAGCCGAAGAUGGAACCCGACCAG